CUCAUGUUUUUGCGUCUUGCGAGAUAUUUAGUUGAAAGUUUUUUAAUUAAUUUUGAUUUGUUGCAUAGAAACAAUAAUCAUAACAUAUAACGAUAAAUAUAAGCUCAUAAGUGUUCGCUUGUACAUACAAUGGAAAACAUGGAAGAAGACCCAGAUCUUGGAAUGGAAUCCGAAUCCAAUAGAGCUGUAAUAAACUCCCUGAACCCAGACUGCUGGCGUCUCAUCCUCAACUACCUGUCGAUACAAGAGCUCAUGCAGUCGGAAACAACCUGCAAGGAUUGGCAGAAGCUCGUGCUUGACCAUAUAUCACAUCGCCAAAUCAUGAUAAUGGAAAGAGAAUGCGACGAGAACACCUUGAUAUUAAGAAACUCUGGUGACGUCUGGCCAUCGUUCAAGCGCUGGCUGAAGAAGUGUGGGCCGGCUGUCCAGGAGCUCGAUGCGAACUGCCAGCACUUCAGGGAUGUGGUCGAGGUGUUGCGGGGCACCUGUCCUAACUUGGAAGUCCUAAGACUGAUGAAUUUAAAGAAGAAGCUCUCACCGACCACCACACAUCACUUCCCGAAACUUACCUGGCUUGUGUUUGAAAAUUGCGAUGAAAUAACAGACGAUUGCAUCGCCCAGUUCCUAACAGACGACAUGACCGAAUUGGCAAUCAUAUCGAACAAGCGCGUCACCGGGCGUUUCCUAGCCAACAUGCCCCACGAUAAGAUGUCCCGUCUCGUCCUCCGCGACUGUAGAGCCCUGAAAUUUUCAAAUCUCGUCACUAAUGUAGACCAUUUAAAAAAAUUGACAACUCUAGUUCUAUGGAAAAAAAAUCGUAGUAAAAUCGAAAUUAGAAAUAAACUACAUUUGUUAUUAGAUAAAAUGCCUAAUUUAGGAGAAAUAGGUUUUAAUAUUGACGAUAUGUUAAGUAGUAAUGAUGAACAAGAUUGUUUGGAAGAGAGUAAUGUGUUUUUUGAAGCGGUGUGUAGAUUGAAGAAACUACAUAGGUUUAAUGCGAAUUUCGAAGUUUGGGAUAGACAUUUGGAGGCCCUGGCGAAGAGUUGUAAGGAUCUUCUGGCUGUGAGGUUACAGUGCACUGAGAUAACCCGAGCGGGCCUGGACGCGUUAUGUCGUCACACGGGCCCGCAACUCUACGAGCUCGAUUUGUCCGAGAGCUCCCUCGUGGACGACGACAUUGUCGCCUGCAUCCGAGCCUGUCCCAAACUAGUGUGGCUAGACAUAUCCUACUGCCAGCUAUCGGAGCGCGCAGUGCAGCGCGUGGCGGCCGCGCGCCGCGACAUGCGCGCCGACUUGUCCGCCAGCAAGUACGCCAGCAACGACCUCAACAACCUGUGCUACAGGCUGCUACUUGUCGUCUGUCGGUGGGCCUUUACAGGGAACCAGGAGGAAAUCAAGGAUGUCCUCGAUCUGAAAUACAGAAACGACGGGUUCGUCAGUGAUAGUAGUGAAUAUUAAGAGGGAACAGCUGUUUCUCAAAUGUUUAAAUCACAAAAAAAAAAGUUUAAUUGUCAUCACCUGUUUCCUCCAGGACAUAGAACAUAAGAAUUACUAGUUUAGCCUUUGGAAUGGAUGUUAUAGUAUUUUUUUGUCCCAUACAGGGGCUUUUGAUCCUUGAUAGGAAUAGGAUGGAUUAGCAUUUAUUUUUUUGUGAAAAAUGACCUUUUUCUCGCACCCUGUAUGUUUUUGACGCACUCUGUAUAUGACGAUGAAAGGGCUAAAACUUAGUUUAUAAUAAUAUGAGUGAUAAAUGUGAUAAUUUAGUCUUGAUUUAGGCUGUUAAGAGUCUGUGAUUUACUUUUAUUCGAAAAUGUUACCUCGAGGACCAUUUAAUAUGUUGAAUAAAAUUAGUUUCUUAAUA